AUGGAGAGGCAAAACCAAUCCAGUGUUAGAGAGUUCAUUCUUCUAGGCUUUCCCGCAUCCCUAGGAUUCCAGAUCUUGCUCUUCAUGGUGUUCCUCCUUGCCUACAUUUUGGUAUUGUCAGAGAACGUCAUAAUCAUGUUGACUAUUUGGGUGAACAUUAACCUGCACACUCCCAUGUACUUCUUCCUGUGUAACUUGUCCUUCCUCGAGAUCUGGUAUAUCACUGUCACCCUGCCAAAGACUAUGGUGAACUUCUUGAUGGAGAGCAAACUCAUAUCCUUUGUAGGCUGCAUGAUGCAGCUCUAUUUCUUCCUGGCAUUGGGCUGCACAGAGUGUGUCCUCCUUGCUGUCAUGGCCUAUGACCGCUAUGUUGCCAUAUGCUACCCUUUGCGCUACCAAGUAAUCAUGACACGAGCUCUCUGUGUUCAUCUAGCAGCUGGUUCAUGGAUGAGCGGCUUCUUCAUCUCCAUGUGGAAGGUCCUCUUGAUAUCUCAGCUGACAUACUGUGGCCCCAAUAUUAUUAAUCACUUUUUCUGUGAUGUAUCCCCACUUCUGAACUUGUCCUGCACUGACAUGUCCCUUGCUGAACUGACAGAUUUCAUAUUAGCUUUGUUCAUCCUACUUACUCCUCUCUGUGUCACUAUCAUGUCUUACAUUUAUAUCAUCUCCACCAUCUUACGCAUUCCCUCUGCCAAGGGCCGUCAGAAAGCCUUCUCCACCUGUGCUUCUCACCUCACUGUUGUAGUUAUAUUUUAUGCUGCCAGUAUUUUCAUCUAUGCCCGCCCCAAGGCAAUUACCUCCCUAAAUUCCAGCAAAUUGGUAUCAGUCCUUUAUGCUGUCAUAGUCCCUCUUUGCAAUCCAAUCAUUUAUUGCCUCAGGAACAAAGAAGUGAAAGAUGCACUAAAGAAAACCUUAGCCAGAAAAAUCUAA